UUUUGCUUUCUUCUCCGGACUCGCUGAAACUUUCGCUAGAGAGAGAAAGUAGAGAGAGAAAGAGAGAGAGGGAGAGAGAUUUUGUUCUCAGAUUUGUUAUACGAGACAACGAGGUCGUUUUGGAUCGACGAUGGACUGCAAUGAAGGAGGAGGAGGAGGGUCAACGAAAACGGAGGAGCGGAGAGAAGCUCUGGUGUAUAUGUGGGGAUAUCUUCCCGGAGUAUCGCCGGAGAAGUCUCCGAUAGUGUCUCUGUCGCCGGUGCGGUUUCCUAAUCGGAUGGAGGGUGGAUAUUCGUGGAAGGACGUCUGCGGCGGCGGUUGCGGAUUCGCCAUGGCCAUCUCAGAGUGUGGGAAGCUGAUGACGUGGGGGUCGACGGAAGAUGAGGGGCAGAGCUACGUCGUUUCUGGGAAGCACGGGGGGACUCCGGAGGCAUAUCCUCUCCCAACUGAGGCUUCGAUACUCAAGGCUUCUGCUGGUUGGGCUCAUUGCGUUGCUGUUACGGAGACUGGUGAAGUAUACACUUGGGGUUGGAAAGAGUGUGUUCCCUCUGGGAAUCUUAUCGGUGACCUGGGUAUGGUGGAACGUCUCCAAAAGGAUACUACAGGGAAUCAAAGUUCAUUACCAGCUGAAAAAGUAAACUCAAUGCCUCAAGGCUUCAAUUUGACAAGUGGGACAGUAUCUCAUCUUGACAGCAAAAGGGCCAGAGAGGAAAUUGCAAAGCAAAGGAAAAUUUCAUCAGCUAAAGUCGAAUCUGAAAGCUCAACAGGUUGUGAAGAAUUCUUCAAUCCAUCCCCUUGUCUUGUAACUCUGGGUCCUGGAGUGAGAAUCACCACUGUUGCAGCUGGUGGGCGCCAUACUUUAGCAUUAUCAGUUUCAGAUAUGGGACAGGUGUGGGGUUGGGGCUAUGGAGGCGAAGGACAGCUAGGUUUGGGUACCAGGGUAAAAAUGGUUUCUUCUCCUCAUGUCAUCCCCUGUAUUGAGCCAUCUGCGUCUGGGAAGGAUAGGUCUUCUGUGAUAUCUCAAGGUUCAAAAGUUCCUGGAAGUUAUGUGAAGGAGAUUGCUUGUGGAGGCAGGCACAGUGCAGUAAUAACAGAUGCUGGAGCACUGCUUACUUUUGGCUGGGGGCUUUACGGACAGUGUGGGCAAGGGAAUACAAUAGAUCAGCUAAGACCAAGUUAUGUGAAAUCAUUAUCCGAAACUAAAGUGAAAAAUAUUGCUGCCGGACUAUGGCAUACACUGUGUGUAUCUGUUGACGGGCGUGUAUAUGCAUUUGGAGGGAAUCAGUUUGGACAGCUGGGAACAGGUGCCGACGAGGGUGAGCUUCAGACUCUACCUAAGAUAUUGGAUUCUCCGGGUUUGGGAAGCAAGCAUGCAAAAGUAGCCUCCUGCGGCGCUCGACAUAGUGUCAUUCUAACGGAAGACGGCCAGUUAUUUAGUUGGGGGUGGAACAAGUAUGGCCAACUUGGCCUGGGCGAUUCCGUGGAUAGGAACAUUCCUUCUCAAGUUUCAAUAGAAGGCUGCUUAACGAAAAAUAUUGCAUGUGGCUGGUGGCACACGCUACUUCUAGCCGAAAGACCCAUUUGAGUUUGGGUUCGAUCGAUGAUGACAAUAUAAAAGGAAUGACUUGUUAGAAUAUGACAUCUUCAACUAGUCUGUGUUCUUGGAUGCAUACUUAGGCUUGUAUCAUGGUGUACAUUAUUUCAUUGCGCACAUUCGCGGAGCCGUUUAGGCAUGUAUUCCAUUCUUUCCAGUUUUUAGAAGCUAAUUUUUAUUUCAAAUUGCAGAGAAAUCUUAAGUUUGUACACAAACAGUUAAAGUAGUUGUACUGAUAAUUUAGUCUUGCUCUGAUGA